AUGAAAAUUACUAUUGAUGAUCUUAAAGAUGUUGAAAAACUCACUGAAACAUGUAUAUUAAGCACUUGUGUAUUAGAACCAAGUUUAGAGAUUGAACCGAUUGACAGGAUCAAGCCUAUCAAUGUUGGUACUCAUUUCUCACCUAAUAAAGGGGUUGCAUGUCUUUUUGCAUAUGAUAGUAAUGGAGGAAGCUUCAUUGAUUCGAAUACAUUGCAAAGAUUUGCAUUACAUUUUUGUGUUGUUGAUCUAGAUUUAACUUACGAUGUGUAUAGAGACAAAUGUCUUAAUUUCGGACAAGCAGGUAUUAAUUGGCGAGAAAGCAACGUAAACCGAAAAUUAUCUUACGGG